UUUUUUUUUUUUUUUUUUUUUUUUUUUUCUUUUUUUUUCGGAGCUGGGGACCGAACCCAGGGCCUUGUGCUUCCUAGGCAAGCGCUCUACCGCUGAGCUAAAUCCCCAACCCAGAAGACCUUUCACAAGCUGUAUCUUAUGGGAACAAACUUACUUAGAAGUAAAGCAUGCUUAUCUCCUAUUUCCAGGGAGAACUGGGCAGAGUCGGCAGACUCCGUCACACACUGGGACAAAGGCAGCAAAGGCUAAUUAGGCAGUGUUACACAGAGGAAACACAGGGCCACUCAAGAGCAGCACAGAGGUUGGAAGUGAUUGAUGACUGUGGCCCUAUACAGUGGGAAGAGAAUGGGUCUCAACAUUCAAAACUACAACUUCCUGAUUCCUCCCCACAGGCCCCAGCCAUUAAGGUUUUGCCAAAUAUAUUCCUAGUCUUAGAGAAGGAACUACGGUCCUUCUAUAUACAUUAGGACACCAGGGGAAAAUUCCCAAGGUUCUGGCCCCAGGCUGCUACUGGAUUUGCCAGGCUGUUUCUGAUUUUGAGAAGUAGCUGUGUUCCCUUUUUUAUAUACCAGGACUUCAGGGAAAGCCUUGGUUCAACCCUGCCUUCAACAAGUAAAAUAAACACGGUAUAAAGUCCAAAAGAUUCUGUUACCGAAACUUGGGUUUCAGUCACUCAUUCUCUCUGCCACAGUUGCAGUGACCUAUUUCUUGGCUGGGUGUAAUUCUAGCACUCAGGAAACAGAGAUAGGAAGAUGCUUCCAGUUUGAGGACAGCCAAGGCUACAUAGCCAGACCAUAUCUCUACCAACCAACCGACCAACCAGACAGAAAGACAGCCAACCAGACAGCCAGACAGCCAACCAACCAGACAGCCAGACAGCCAACCAACUAGCCAGCCAGACAGCCAAUCAGUUUGCUUUAAAAAAGGGAAAAAGUCAAAUUAGGUGGUUAUUUCAGUAGCUGCUAAGAUCUACCGAUCGCCAGACUCAGUCAGGUUCUUACUUAGCAGAGGCAAACCUGUGCUUACCUUUAGCUUUCAGGGACCAAGUUAUUUUUAGAAUCACAGAUUCUACAUAAAAUUCUAUUUUAUUUUUUCAACUCUUAUUUUUGUUUUAUGUGGAUGGUAUUUUGACUGCAUGUAUGUAUAUGUACUAUAUGCAUGUAGUGCCCAUGGAGGAGAAGAUGGGUCAAUUCCUAGAGUUAGAUGGUUCCCAUUUAGGUGCUGGGAAUAGAAUCUGUGUCCUCUUGAAAAGUAGCUGGUGCUCUUAGCUGCUCAGUCGUCUCUCUGAUCUCUGGUUUUUCAGCGUAAGUUUUAUUCCAUUUUGCAUGGACCUUUGUGUAUCUGAGUGUGCACGUGCAUAUGUAGGUCAGAGGACAGCCUGUAGGGUCAGUUCCCUCCUUCCUCCCUGCUGUCCUGGAUGUCAAGCUCAGCUGUCAGGCUUGGCAGCACACAGGUUUGCCAGCUGAGCCAUCUCUCCAGCCCCUCAGCAUGCUCAUCGCUGUUCUGUCUCGUUUUGUGUGACACAGACAGGGCCUCCAUGUGUACCCCAAGAUUGGCCUUGAGUUCUUGAUCCUCCUUCCUCAGCUUCCUAAAUGCUGAGAUUACAGGCAAGAACUACUACACUUAGAUUCUCGGUUAUCCUUUUAAUGAUGGGUUGUAUGGUGGUCUGAGUAAGAAUGGUCCCCAUAGGCCCAGAUAUUUGAAUGUAAAUAUAUAUUUGGAUUACAAGGACUAGGAUAUGAGGCCUUGUUUGAAGAAGUAUGUCACUAGGGAUGGGCUUUGAUGCUUCAAAAGCCCAUGCCAGCAGGCCCUGUCUCUGUCUGUCUGUCUGUCUGUCUGUCUGUCUCUGUCUCUCUUUCUCCCUCUCUCCUGUCUCCAGUCUCCUCCCCUAUCUCCCCUAUUUGUUUACAUUUCAAAUGAUAUCACCAUUCUUGGAUGCUUCUCACAAUACUCCAUCCCAUUCCCCUUAUCCCCCCUCCCCUUUGCCUCUCUCUAUGAGGGUGCUCCUUCACCCACUCACUCACUCACUCCUCACCCUUCUAGCAUCCCCCUAUGCUGGGGCAUCAAGCCUCCCUCCCUCUCACUGAUGUCAGGUAAUGGCCUAGAACUUUCUAUGUAGACCAGGCUGGCCUUGAAGUCAAAGAGGUCCAUUUACUUCUCUGCCUUCUGAGUGCUGGCUGGGAUUAAAGGUGUGUGCCUGCGUGCUAGGACCCUUUAAACAAAUUUAUAAGGGAUAUUUCAUACAUGAUUGAUUAAACCAUUGGCCACUGGUGAUCAAUUUCACUUUCAGCCCCUUCUCUUUCCCCAAGUUAAGUUGCCAUUAAUUAGGCCGUGGUCACUCCAGUGACCACUAGUCGUGCUGAAAGUACCUCAGCGCCACAGCUGCCACGUCUGGGUUCCUGCCAAGCUGUGGGAACUGAAUUUAAUAGACUGGGACCAGGGAAUGGAGAACAUAAGGUCUUGCCUUGAAGGAGUAGGUAUUUGAAUCUUUUACCUUUUUUUUUUUUUUGAGACAGUGCUUCAUUAUAUAAUAUAGCCUUGGGUUGUUUUUGAGUUCAGUAUGUAGACCAGGCUAGCCUGGAACUCCCACCUGUCUCUGCCUCCUGAGUGCUGGGGUUAAAGGUGUGUGUCACUCAUAUCCAGCUAAUAAUGUCUUUUGACCACUUUAUUAGGUUCUUUAUAUAUUAACAGCUUUUUUGUUUGGUUUUGGUUUUUUGAGACAUGGCUUCUUUGCAUAGCCUUGGCUGUCCUGGAACUGGCUCUGUAGACCAAGUUGUCCUCAAACUCACAGAGAUCUGUUUGCCUCCGCCUCCCCAAUGCCGGAUUUAAAGGUGUGCCACCAUCACUGCUUUGUGCAUGAUAGGUCAGAACUGUACUGGAUCUCUAGCCAUUUUCUUUUCUUUCCUUUUUUGUUCAGGGCCAUGCUGCAUCUUCACUCUAGGUGCCAGGAUUACAUGAGUGUGUUAUUAUGCCUGGUCUAGUAGUUGAGAUCUUACUAGAAUAGAAGGCCAUUCAUAGUUCCUGCAGUUUGCGUGCAGGUGGUUGGCAUUUACUGAAUUAGCAAGCAGUGGAGGUCAGGGAAGGUUUCUGUGAAGCAAUGGCACAUACAGAGGUGGUUGAAUGAUAGAUAAUUGAAGCUACCUUGGGGAAGAGGUAAAAGGGUGGAGGUCUGAAAUUAUUGUUAGAGAAAUAGGCUUGUGAGGGAUUUGUGACAAGAAGGGGCACCAAGACUUUUCUGUCCUAGUUUUCUAGUGUGUGAGAAGGAUACAGUGACGAGAAUGAGGGUCCUGUAUCACAAAGUGAGAUCUCAGGAAAUGAGUGUGGCUUGAACAUGAGUGAGUGACCUUAGAGUAUAGAAAAGCUUUGUAUCCCAAGGGUAAGUCAUCUGCACCUUCAAAAGCAAGACGAACCCCAUGUAGAGCAAACUUCGUGUGUUAGAAAAACAAUAAAACAGAGUACAGAGAGUUCAGUGGUUAAGAGCCCUUGCUGCUCUAGCAGAGGACCCGAGUUUGGUGGCCAGCACCCCCACAUAAACACCUGUAACACCUCCUGGGGAACCCAGGCUCUUUUCUGUCCAUCAGGGCAAUUAGUCUCCCCAAGUGUGCAAUUAUACCCAGCUUUAUUUCUCGUACUUUGAUUACACGGUAAAAUUUAUUAAAUAGAAGCCAGACUGGGCAUUUUGGCCCAGGCCUUUGAUCCCAGCACUUGGGAGAUAGAGGUAGGCAGAUUUUUGUGAGUUCAAUGCCAGCCUGGUCUACACAGAAUUCCAGUCUAGCCAAUGCCAUAGUUAAAUCCUGUCUCAAGAACAAACAAACAGAGGCUAGAAUUGGUAGUGUACUCUUCCCAGCAUUCAGAAGUUCAGCAGCAUGUAGAUCACUUUUUAAGUUCGAAGCCAGUCUGGGCUACAUAGGGAAACUCUAUCUGAAAUAACAAAACUUUUUUGUUUUUAAAUUAAAAAUGGUGCAAGUCAAACUAAAUAGUUUGCAAUUUUGAAUUGCCAUAGUCCCAUGUGGUUUUUCGGUUGUUGCCAGAAGUCCAAACCAGCGGACGCUGCCGCAGAGCGGACGCAAGACCCGUCUCAGGCGGAAGUGGGACGGGGCAGGAGAGGGCUGUAAGCCGAUUGGCUACUCGGCGACCGUAUGCUAAUCGUGGUGACAGUUUGCCUAGUGUAGGGACACUAGCGAGUCAAAAUGCCUCGUGGACUCCGUAUGGAGAGGUGUCAGUGGGUCAGAGAACAUGUGUCCGUGUGGGCCGCCGUGGUGUCUGAAAGCGGCGGCGACACGGAGAACAUGGGGCGUCUGGGCGAAAGUCGCCGUGACUAAGAUGCGAGGGCGCUUGGUGCAGUGCGGCGAUGGCGGCUGAGUGGAGAGUCUGUGUCGAUGCAGUUAACACUUUGGGGCAGUCGGCACUUUUCGUUGCAGCAUUACUGGGCUAUGUGAAAUUAGUCGAUGUUUUGGUGGACUAUGGAUCAGAUCCAAAUCACCGCUGCUUUGAUGGUAGCACUCCUGUACAUGCAGCAGCCUUUUCAGGCAACCAGUGGAUCCUCAGUAAAGUGCUGACUGCAGGGGGUGACCUACGACUCCAUGAUGAGAAGGGUCGGAACCCACAGGCCUGGGCCUUGGCAGCCGGGAAGGAUCGUAGCACUCAGAUGGUGGAGUUCAUGCAGCGCUGUGCUUCACAUAUGAAGGCUGUCAUCCAGGGCUUCUCCUAUGACCUCCUGAAGAAGAUAGACUCUCCUCAGCGGCUCAUCGGCAGUCCGCCCUGGUUUGGGGGCCUCAUUCAGGGAAGCCCAAAUAGUUCUCCCAACCGACAGCCUAAACCUGGAAUCAUUUCUGCCCAAAAUAUCUACAGCUUUGGCUUCGGGAAGUUUUACCUCACUUCGGGGAUGCAGCUCACUUACCCAGGAUCUCUUCCAGUAAUUGGAGAAAAGGAAGUGAUCCAAGCUGACGAUGAGCCCACCUUCUCUUUCUUCAGCGGCCCCUACAUGGUCAUGACCAACCUCGUGUGGAACAGGAGCAGAGUCACAGUGAAGGAGCUGAACCUUCCCACCCAUCCCCACUGUAGCAGGCUGAGGUUGGCCGACUUGCUGAUUGCUGAACAGGAGCACAGCAGCAACCUGCGGCAUCCCAGCCUGUUGCAGCUGAUGGCCGUAUGUUUGUCCCGGGACCUGGAGAAAAUUCGCCUGGUUUAUGAGCGUAUCACAGUCGGCACACUCUUCAGUGUCCUCCAUGAACGAAGGUCCCAGUUCCCAGUGUUGCACAUGGAAAUGAUUGUGCACCUGCUCCUCCAGAUUGCUGACGCCUUGAUAUACCUGCAUUCCCGAGGGUUUAUCCAUCGCUCCCUUAGCUCCUACGCUGUCCACAUUGUCUCUGCAGGAGAGGCAAGGCUGACUAACCUGGAAUACAUGAUGGAAAGCCAGGACAGCGGUGCACACAGGGACAUGACUCGAGUACCCCUCCCAGCCCAGCUGUACAACUGGGCUGCACCGGAAGUAGUCUUACAGAAGACAGCCACAGUGAAGUCAGACAUCUACAGCUUUUCCAUGAUCAUACAAGAGAUCUUAACAGACAACAUACCCUGGAAUGGCUUGGAUGGCUCACUUGUUAAAGAAACCAUAGCCUUGGGAAAUUAUUUAGAAGCUGAUGUUAGGCUUCCGGAACCUUACUAUGAUAUUGUUAAGUCAGGUAUCCAUGCCAAGCAGAAGAACCGAACAAUGAACCUACAAGAUAUUCGUUACAUUCUGAAGAAUGACUUAAAGGCAAGCCUUGAAAUUGAAUUUAUUGGAGCUCAGAAAACUCAGACAACCGAGAGCCCCAGAGGACAGAGAUAUGAGCCCCAUCCUGAUAUUAAUAUCUGCCUAGGUCUAACUUCAGAAUAUCAAAAAGACCCUCCGGACUUGGACAUCAAGGAGUUAAAGGAAACGGGCAGUCAGCCCCAUUCACCAACAGAUCACUCCUUUCUCACUGAAAAGACACUAGCUCCUCAGACCCUAGAUUCAAGUCUGUCAGCCCAGGAACCUGACAAUCCAAAUGUUCCUUCUGCUUCACGUUUGGCAGAAGAGGUCAGGAGCCCCACUCCAAGUGAGGCCAGCCUCUACAGCUUUGAAAUCAAUGAAAUCUACUCAGGCUGCUUGACGUUGGGAACUGACAAAGAGGAAGAGUGUCCAGGGACUGCUUCUUCACCUGAGGGGGAUAAAGCAAACCAGGUAGAUGAACUACCAUCCCUGGAAGAAGAGCUCGAUAAGAUGGAGAGAGAAUUGCAUUGUUUUUGUGAGGAGGACAAAAGCUUUUCAGACGUUGACACAGACCUUUCCUUUGAGGAUGGAGACUGGCAAAGUGAUUCUCUUAGUUCACUCAGCCUUCCUGAACCAACCAGAGAAGCCAAGGGCAAAACAAGCAGCUGGUCCAAGACUGACGAGUACGUCAGUAAGUGUGUGCUGAAUCUAAAGAUCUCGCAGGUGAUGAUGCAACAGAGUGCUGAGUGGCUGAGGAAGCUUGAGCAGGAGGUAGAUGAACUUGAGUGGGCACAGAAGGAGCUGGACAAUCAGUGCAGGAGUUUGUGGGAUGCUUCCUUAAGGUUUGCAAAUACCAAGUUCCUGUCAGCUGUAGGCCCUCCAUCUUUGACCUAUCUUCCUCCUGUUAUGCAAUUAUCAGAGCCCAAGCAGCCUGAAAAUGGUGGCAACUGGUUGACCCUAGCAAGGCCUCCAGGAAACGAGAGAGAUUUUCAAGAGGGAAAUUUUAGCAAAAAAUCUGAGAAACUAAGUGCCUGUGACUGGAACCCUUUUACACAAGCGUCUGAAGAAAGCAGGGGGUACUGCUCAGAGCCAAACAAUCAGCCGCCAACUCUUUGUGGUCCUGGGAAACAGAACACAGGUGAACAAUUACCAUCCACUGAAGAAGCCAAGGAGAGUUUGGAAAGAAAUACAAACCAAAAUAUUAGGAGAAUCAGAAUGGAGUCUGUGUCCUCUGAAGUCUGUGACACUAAGUCAAGAAAUAAUGAAGAUGCUGGAGAGGCACGCUCAAAAUGGAGAUUGGCAGUAAAAGAAAUGGCAGAGAAAGCAGUUUCUGGACAACUCCUAGUACCUCCUUGGAAUCUUCAGAGUAGUUUUGAGAGUAAGGUUGAAAACGAGAGCACUCCUUUGCCACGGCCCCCAAUUAGAGGCCCCGAGAGCACAGAUUGGCAGUACAUUUUAGAAUACCAGAGGGAAAAGGAUGAACUGAAAGGAAAUAUGAAAUUUGGCAAAAUGGAAAACAGUGACUGUGACAAGAACAAGCACAGCAGUUGGACAGGCCUUCAGCGCUUCACCAGUAUUAUAUACCCAUUCUUCAGAAACCAUGAGCAGCCAGAGCAUAAUGAAGCCUCUCAAGCAAGCUGUGACACAUCUGUGGGUACUGAGAAGUUUUACAGCACUUCAAGUCCCAUAGAAGACGACUUUGAAAGAAUCCAGAGUUCUUUUGCCCAACCUCAAGGCUAUGUUGAAGAAAAUUUCCAAAUAAGAGAAAUCUUUGGAAAGAAUGCUGAGAUUUUGACCAAGCCUCAGUUUCAAGCUGUUCAAUGUGCUGAAGACGAACAAGAGGAGACAUUAGAGGAGACACCAAAAGAACUGAAAGAGAAAAACAUAUCACUGACAGACAUUCAAGACUUGUCCAGCAUCACCUAUGAACAAGAUGGCUGUUUUAAGGAAACCUCAUGCAAAACACCUAAAUUAAAACACGCACCUACUAGUGCCAGUACUCCGCUCAGCCCAGAGUCCAUUUCUUCAGCUGCUAGUCACUAUGAAGACUGCCUUGAAAAUACAUUUCAUGUUAAAAGAGGAUCUACAUUUUGUUGGAAUGGUCAAGAAGCGAUGAGAACUUUGUCUACCAAAUUUACAACUGUCCGAGAGAGAGCUAAGAGCCUGGAAUCUCUCCUUGCAUCCUCUAAAACCCUGCCUGCAAAGCUGACUGACCCUAAAAGAUUGUGUAUGUUUGGUGGGGCUUGCUCUUCUAACAUUUCUACGGCAUUUGUAACAUCAACCCAUUCUACCAAGAGGAAGAGCCUACCCGGAGAACUAGCAGAGGCCACCUCUCAGCAUCAUAUUGAUGAGCUUCCACCCCCAGCUCAGGAGCUACUUGAUGAAAUUGAGCAACUGAAGCAGCAGCAGGUCUCAUCCAUGGUGUCACUUGAGAACACAGCACAUGAUCUGAAUGUCACUGAAAAUGAUAAAAAGCAUUUGGAAGAACAAGAAACCAACAGUAGUAAAGACAGCAGUUUUCUUUCCAGCAGAGAAAUUCAGGAUCUGGAAGACACGGAGAGAGCUCAUUCUUCUCUUGAUGAGGACCUGGAAAGAUUGCUGCAGUUACCUGAGGAGAACAUGACACUGCUGGACCCCACCAAGGGCUCUACAAGGGAGAAAAAAACCAAAGAUCAAGACAUGGUUGAACAGAAGAGAAAAAAGAAAGAAGGCAUCAAGCCAGAGAGAAGGAAAUCAGACAGCUUUUUAGGGACUUUGGAAGAAGAUGAACUAAAACCCUGUUUUUGGAAGCGAUUGGGUUGGUCCGAACCUUCCAGGAUAAUUGUGCUGGAUCAGAGCGACUUGUCAGACUGAUUAGAACUGGACCAUGCUCGAAUUGUGGCUGUGGCCUCCUUUCUUCUCUUAUCCACUUCAAUUGCCUCAAGGACAGUAGUUCAGUCUGUAACUCACGCUUUGUUCUGCUGCUACUAUGGGCACAAUAAUGUGGCCCUAUCAUGUGUAGCAUGCUUAAUCAUUUGUUUUAAAUCAGGUUUCUGAAAACUUCAAAGUAACCAUAAUGGCAAACAUUUUAAUUGUGUUCAGAAUGGCUUUUGUUUUUAUUGAUGUAAAUUUUUGAAACCAUAACUUUGUUGUAUAAUAAAGUGUUUACUUUCAACACCAGUUAGGUGCCAGUUGUGAAAGGUUUGUUUCUGUGCAUUAGUUUGGAGGGUUGGGAAGAUUGCUGAAUUCCCCUUCCAGCUUGAACCAGCUUACUAGGAGACAGCAGAAGCACCCUAAUGUAUUUUGAAUUUUCUAAGAUGAACAACAUCAUCUCCACAUAUUUUAGGUUGUGCACCUCACAUCAUCAGGGAACUAGAAUGGGCCUGUAGCAAAACCAAAAUCGGUGUUUUCUCUCAUUUAGCCUUUUUAUUACUAUGUAGAAUUGUGACACAUGGUCAGCAACUUUUCAGGAAGCAUUGCACUGUUGUGCCAUCCUAGUGUUUAAUUUUGUCUUGGUAGGUAGUGAGUCUCUGCUGUGAAAACCGAAUAGCUCCUACUGUGGAGGACCACAGUCAUAGGUUCUAGGUUGCAGAAUUUUCUUCUGUACAGAUCAAAUAGCAGGUAUACAUUUGCUUGGUUACCUCAAAACAAACAAUGGCGUGCUAUUGUAACCAGAGGAAAACCAUCAGAAAACUAGUAAGUUACAUGGAUAUGUGGAUGUGCUCAUGAAUUCUAGCCUGUAAUUCUAGCCCUGUAAAUCUAGCACUUGGGAGGCUGAGUCAGAAGGAUUGCCUUGAUUAAAGAGCCACUCAGUGUGAGACCCUUCUGAAAGGAAGCUAGCAACGAGGGGCCUGCAAGAUGGCUCAGCGUAUAAGGCACUUGUCAUCAAGCCUGACAGCCUGUCUGGUCACCAGCGCCUGCACGGGAGAUGGAGAGCUGGUUCUGUGAUCUUCCUCCAUAUACACAACGAAUAAAAAUUUGAAAAGCAAGCAUCAAGAUAAUACUAACUACUCCCAAGUGUAUAAAUACCACAUGUAAGGAACUGUGACUGUAGAGAGACAUACAGAACAGUCUUCCUCUCAGAAGACUUACUCUAGUUGACAAGACAAAUAAAGGCAAGAAUGUGGAGACUAAUAGCAGACUGCAUGAGAAAUGGUGCUUAUAUAGUUGUAACGAUGUCACUUCAUAAGCAUUAAGAUUACACUAAUGCGGGGGGUGGGGAUUUGGCUCAGUGAUAGAGUGCUUGCCUAGCAAGCGCAAGGUCCUGGGUUCAGUCCCCCGCUCCGAAAAAAAAAAAAAAAAGAUUACACUAAUCACUAAUGCUUGCUGAUAAGAAUUUUAAUUUAGGCUGGGUAUGGUGGAACAUAGCUUUAAUCAUUGAAGGCAGAGGCAGGUGGAUUUCUGGGAGUUUGAGGCCAGCCUGGUCUGCAUAGUGAGUCCAGGAUAGCCAUACCUCUGUGUGAGUGUGUAUGUGUGUAUAUGUUCGAGUGUAUUUGUGUGUGAGAGUGUAUUUGUGAGUAUGAGAGUGUAUGUGUGAGUGUGUGUGUGUGUGUGUGUGUGUGUGUGUGUGUGUGUGUGUUUUCGUGUGUGAAGGUCCAAGGUUGAUGUCAGAAAUCUUUAAUUGUGGUCUCCCUUAUUCUUUUGAAGCAGCAUCUCUCACUUGAACCCAGUGCUCACUGUUAUGGAUGCUCUAUCUAGGCAACUCCUGGGAUCCUAUCUCUCCUCUUCCAAGCCCUGGGAUUAUAAAAUGCAUUUAUCUAGCGAUUUGAGGAUCUGAACUCUAGUGCCCAGGAUUGUCAGGAUUGUGUACCAAGUGCUUUAAUCACUGAACUAUCUCCCUAUUCCCUAUUCUUUAGUCAUUUCUUUCCAUUAAGUAUUCACAUGUAGAUUUUUUUCUUUUCCUUUUAUAUUUAUUGGAUAUUUUAUGUAUUUGCAUUUCAAAUGUUAUCCCCUUUCCCAGUUUCCCCUCCAGAACCCCCCUAUCCCAUCCCAGUCCCACCUACCCACUCCCACCUCCCCGCCCUGGCAUUCCCCUACACUUGGGGCAUCUAGCCCUCACAGGACCAAGGGUCUCUUUUCUCACUGAUGCCCAACAAGGCCAUCCUUUGCUACAUAUGUGGCUGGAGCCAUGGGUUGCUCCAUGUGUACUCUUUGGUUGGUGGUUUAGUCCCCUGGAGCUCUGGAAGGUCUGGUUAGUUGAUAUUGUUGUUCUUCCUGUGGGGUUACAAACCCCUACAGCUCCUUCAGUCCUUUCCCUAACUCCUCCAUUGGGGUCCCCACGCCCAGUCCAAUGGUUGACUGUGAGCAUCUGCAUCUAUAUUUGUCAGGCUCUGGCAGAGCCUCUCAGGAGACAGCUAUAUCAGGCUCCUGUCAGCAUGCACUUCUUAGCAUCUGCAAUAGUGUCUGGGUUUGGCGUUUGAAUAUGGGAUGGAUCCCCAGGUGGGGCAGUCUCUUUCCUUCAGUCUCUGCUCCACACUUUGUCCCUGUAUUUCCUUUAGACGGGCCAUUCUGUCUAAUGGCUCUAAAUUUGGAGGUGAGUGGGUGGCCCCAUUCCCCAAACGGGGGCCAUGCCUAACCUCUGGAUAUGGUCUCUACUGGUUCUCCCUCCCCUUUGUUGGGCAUUUCAGCUAAUCUCAUCCCUGUUGGGUCCUGGGAGCCCCUUGCUUUCCUGCCCUCUUUCCAGCCGCUGAGGGGUUCCUCUGGUGCUGCUAUGUAGACCUGGUUGCCCAAAGAAACAAAUUCCCACUACAUCAGUAUGUAAUGUUAUGUAAUCUUUGCUCCCCACAUUUAAGUUCCUUGACUAAUAAAAGGUUAGAGCAGUAGAGAGAACAGCAGGACUUGAGGAUGGAGUAGGGGUCUCAGGAGAGAGCAUGGAGGAGAGGGAGAGGAGAUGGGGAGAGGAGAAGGUUGCCAUGAGGCUGGAUGAUGGAUUAUGAGCAGGUGACCAGGAGAGAUAACUCAGCUGGAGAAUCAAACAGCAAGUAACAAGGGACAUAUGGCUGGGACGUAAGUUAGAAUAGCUCAAAACCUGACCAAUCUAGGCUUACAGCUUAUAAAUAAAAGGGCUUUAUGUCUUCUAUAGAGGCUAACCAGAAUACAUAAUUCAUAGUGUUCACUGCCCUGGAUAUCCUCGGUGCCUCACCUCCCCCUCUCCUGAGCAUGCGAGAAAUUGAGUCCCACUUCUUUAGAAGUUCUCAGGUCUCCAGUGUCUUCCAUAUUCCUAAAUCACAGUCAACUUUUGCCCCAGGUUAAUUUUUCUCUCCAUUUCCUCAGUUUCAUCGAUAGUAGACAUGGUUUUUCUUCUGCCUCUGAGUAUUUCACCUCAGCUUCCACCUCUAGCUUUUCUCUAAAAGUUCUUUCUAAAUGACUGAAGGUUGGAAUGAGAAUGGCCCCCAGAGGCUCAUAUAUUUGCAUGCUUAGUCCCUAGUUUGGAAAGAUUAGGAGCUAGGGCCUCAGUGCAGUAGGGGUGGGCUGGGGUCAGGCUUCAAAAGCCCUUGCCAGGCCCAUGUGCUCCCCAUCCCUCAUGAGAUUUACAGCUCUCAGCGCCAUGCCUGCCAUGAUGAUUGUGAGCUAACCCUUUGAAAUUGUAAGCAAGCUGCCAAUUAAAUGCUUUCUUGGUCAUGGUGUCUCUUCACAGCACCAAGGCAGUGGCCUAGUUUACUUCCACGGCUUUGGUCAUCGGGCAUGCUCUAACAAUCCUGUAUUGUAGGAAUGGGCUUCUGAUCUGAGCCCAUGCACUUGCCGCACACUCGGUGCCUCCUCUUGGAUUUCUUUCAGGGAACUCACUGGUCCAGCCAAUAUGGAGCUCACCAUGUUUGGCUCAUUAGCUUUUAGCUUCUCUUUCCACUCAGUGUUAGUGUCGUGUUAUCCACUCAACUUCCUUGACUCUCAUUUCCAUUAGACUUACAGUCUUAACUCAUUACACUUAAAAAAUCAGUUAAGACUUGUUUGUUUCAAGCUGGGUAUAGUGACAUAGGAUUACAAUCUCAGCCCUUGGAGGCUGAGGCAGGAAGAUUGCCAGGAGUUCCAGGCCAGUCUGGGCUGCAGUGUGAGAAAACAAAACAACAGCAAAGAGCCCCUCCCUGCCAGACAAACUUUCACCUCCAAAUUGUAGGUUCCUUUCUGACUUGUCCAGUUUUGUCCACUGCCUGUCAGGGUUACAGCAGCCUUCUCAAGUGGCUCCUUCCAGCUAGUUAUGUCUCCUUUAAGGCUGGCCUUGAACUUCUGUUCCUCCUGAGUCUACCUUUCAAGUGCUGGAAUUAGAGGUACUUGACACCAUGCCUGCCUUACAAAUCUCUCUAACUCCUACAUGCUGGUCACUGCCCUAGGCCUUCAAGCAGCGAUGAACCAAGCAGUCUGCUGUCCCAGAGUUUAUUUAGUAGCUGUUCAAUGACCAAAUGGUAUUGAUGGCAAAUGCUGUAAUAAGUUAAAAUGAUAUUAAUUGCAUCUGGAUGUUAAGAAGCAACUUAAUGGGGCUGGAGAGAUGGCUCAGUGGUUAAGAGCACUCACUGCUCUUCUGAAGGUUCUGAAUUCAAUUUCCAGCACCCAUUUGGCAGCUCACAACUGUAUUCUGUAUUCCGAGACUGUAUUCUGAUGUGUAGAUGUACAUGCAAAUUAUCUAUAUACUUACAAUACAUAAACAAAUUAAUCUUAAAAAAAAAAACCAGGCAACUUAACAUUAAAUAAAGUAUUCAAGGGAAGCUGCUCUGAAGAUGUGGCCUUUAACUUUGUCUGGGAUGAUGGGAGAAAGCCUGCCUUGUCUCUGGAGGAUGAGCAACAUCGAGCACCAAGAACUGCAGGAGCAGAGCUGCAUGGGAAACACUGAAAGGUCAGUGUGUAUAAAAUGCCAGAGUGAUAGAGAAGCAGAGUAAGUUAUGGGGAAGCUGUCAGGAAGCGGAAAUGAGGGGCUGGAGGUAUGGUUCACCCGAUGUGUUUUCAUGGGUACCUUUGAUUCCCAGCACCUAUUUGGUGGUUCACAACUGUAACACCAGUCCCAGGCGAUCUGAAGCUGUCUUCUGGCAUGCAUGGGCCCAGUUGGACAAAUAGUACACAAACAUAUAUGCUGUUGUAAAAACUUAUUAAAAAAAGUAGGGUUGUCUUUUAUCCCCACUAGGUCUGGCACCACAGUGCCCCAAGAUAUCUGCUGGAUAUCCUGCCAGAAGCACACAUUCCAAUUCCGUGGCGGCCCAGACUAGUCGCCCCACACGCCAUUACAUUUAAAUCUUUACAUGAAAGAACACACAACACAUCCAUCCCUUAAAAACAUUUGUAGCAACCUGUAAAGGUACAGCGUGGAAUCUUUUUUUUUUUUUUUUUUUUUUUGGUUCUUUUUUUUCGGAGCUGGGGACCGAACCCAGGGCCUUGCGCUUCCUAGGUAAGCGCUCUACCACUGAGCUAAAUCCCCAGCCCCACCAUAUUCUCCUGCCACAACUUCUCUCCCUCUCCCUCCUGUCUCUUCCUCCUUUCUGUUCCAGUCUCCUCCUCUUCCUUCAAACUUCUCUCCCACCCAUCCUUCUCAUCCAAUGACCGACCUCCUUCUAUCCUGUACCUGCCCCUCACAUUGUAUUAUAAAUUCAAUGGGGAGAAGGUUAUGGUGAAUUCACCUGAGUCCUAAAUGCAAGACUAGGCAGCAGUCCUUGGGGCAGUGGAAUUAGCAUCAAAAUACAGAUAACUCCUGGGCAAACAGUAGCACUUAUACAAAACACCCACAUGCCUAAAAAGUGCAGUGAGGAGGGAAGACGUAAGCAAGGGAGAUUGUAGACCGCGGCAAACGUAGGAACUGCUAGAAAAUUCUCAUUCUUCUCUGACAUUUAACACAAGGUGGUGUUCUUGUUUUGAGAUAGGACCUCAGGUAUUCCAGGCUAGCUUUCAACUUAUGUUGAAUAUGACCUUAACUUGUGAAUCUUCCUUCCUCCACCUUCUGAGUGCUAAGAUUAUAGGCCUUUGUCAGCACUCGAGUAUUCUACCUCAGGCUGGAAUUGUUUGACAAGUACCCUGCCAACAAUCUAGAUCCCCAACCACAAUGACCUUUCAUUCAUUUUUUUUUUUUUUUGGUGUAUGUAUAGGAGCUAUUUGCACAUCUGUGUUCAGGUAUGUGAGUAUUCAUGUGUGGAGGCCAAAAGUUACCACUGUUGCUUCUCACGGUAAUUUUUUGAGAUAGGAGUUCUUACUGAUUCUGGAGCUCAUUGACUGGUUAGAAUGGCUGGCUCUUGGGCUCUAGAGAUCUGUCUUGGGGUUGGGGAAUUAGCUCAGUGGUAGAGCACUUGCCUAGCAAGCACAAGGCCCUGGGUUCGGUCCCCAGCUCCGAAAAAAAAAAAAAAGAAAAAAAAAUCUUACAACAACAACAAAAGACAAAAAGAGAACACAGAGAUCUGUCUUUGCCUCAAGCACUGGGGUUACAGGCACACAGCACACCUGUUUUUUGUGUGUUGGGAUCUGAGCACAGGUCUUCAUAUGGACACAGCAAGCAUGUUAAGGAGUCAUCUUUCCACCUUCACAAUCUUUUUACUAUAUGGAUCUUACUCAGAGCUGUACCUAUCCUCUUAGAGAAAAUGGAGUUCUCUUAGUGGCAUAUGCUGUUCUUGCACAUCUAGCUAUAUUGUUGUUUCUCAGAGAAUGUUCUUCAAGUUUUUGAACCUUCUGUAAGAUUCUCUACUAGUAUUCUACCUGCCUUCCUUCUAACCCAUGCAUAAAACCAAAUUCAUUCAUAUUCUCUCUCUCUCUCUCUCUCUCUCUCUCUCUCUCUCUCUCUCUCACACACACACACACACACACACACACACACACACACACACACACACACACACACAUAC